AUGGGUCGUAAAGCUAAGUUUGAUGAAACUAAAAAAGUCAAAAAAGGGCCUGGCAGAAAAGCCAGGAAACAACCUGAUCCAGUUUUUAAGAAAGGCCUUAUUGAUGAUGAUAAAGAAGAAAAAAAGCUAAGCCACAGACAAAAGCAACGUGCAGCUCGCAGAGUUAAAAAGAAGAAGGAAUUGCUCGAAAAAAAGAAAGCUUUAAAGGAAGCAAAGAAAAAUGUUGCUAAACAACAUGAAAAAGAGGUAGUGAAGGAUCCCGAUGAUUCAGAAGAUGAAAAUGCACAAGGUUUUACAGAUGACAAUAAAGAUUGGUUGAAAUUAAAACAAAAAAACAAAGGCAAAGCAAAUGAAUCUGAUUCUGAAAGUGAUAGUGGGCAAAUAUCAGAUGAAGAAAAUGUGUCUAGUAAUGAAGAAGUAUCUGAUGAUGAAGAACAGUCAGAAGAAGAAAAGCCUAAGAGUAAAACUGAAAAAGAAAGCUAUACGGUUGGUAAGCUGGAUGAUUUAUUUGAAGAUUCUGACAAUGACCAGGAGAAUGACUCUGAAGAUAACACACAAAGUUCCAAUAAAAUGAAUUAUGAUUCUGAUGCAAGUGAAGAGAGUAAAGAAGAUGGAGAAGAUGAUGAAGAUGAUGAUGACAUGCUACCAAUAGAAAAGGCUAAUAUAAAAUUAAAAAAGAAACGGAAGUUAGACAAGAAAUUGGCAGAUGAAGAAUUACAAUUAAAUAUAUCUAAGCAAGAUGUUUUUGCGUUCCCCAGUGAGGAAGAAUUACAGAAUCCAACCAGCUUGCAAGACAUCCAUCAAAGGAUCAAAGAUAUUGUAACAGUGCUGGGUGACUUUAGCCGUUUAAAAGAAGAAGGUAGAUCCAGAUGUGAAUACACUGAGUUGCUUCUCAAAGACUUGUGUAUGUACUACAGCUACAAUGAAUUCUUAAUGGAAGUGUUGAUGCAAAUUUUCCCAGUGCAGGAAUUAGUUGAAUUCCUAGAAGCUAGUGAAGUAGCUCGUCCCUUGACAAUUAGAACAAACAGUUUAAAAACAAGGAGAAGAGAUUUAGCACAAGCUCUAAUCAAUAGAGGUGUUAAUUUAGAUCCAGUAGGGAAAUGGAGUAAAGUGGGUCUUGUAGUAUAUAGCUCAACAGUGCCAAUAGGUGCUACACCUGAAUAUUUAGCUGGUCAUUAUAUUUUACAAGGUGCUUCAAGUUUUCUUCCCGUUAUGGCAUUGGCCCCUCAAGAAAAUGAGCGGAUAUUGGAUAUGUGUGCCGCACCAGGAGGAAAGGCGUCUCAUAUUGCCGCUAUAAUGAAAAAUACUGGUGCAUUAUUUGCCAAUGAUGCAAAUAAAGAAAGAACUAAAGCAAUUGUUGGUAACUUCCAUAGACUGGGGGUUGUAAAUGCUAUUAUCUGUAACUAUGACGGCCGACAGUUCCCAGAUGUGAUUAAAGGUUUUGAUAGAGUAUUGUUAGAUGCUCCCUGCACUGGUACUGGUGUCAUAGCAAAGGAUCCUAGCGUGAAAACAACAAAAGAACAGAAGGACAUUCAAAGGUGCUUCAAUUUGCAAAGACAGUUGUUGUUAUCUGCAAUAGAUUGCUGUAAUGCUAAAUCAAGUACUGGUGGUUAUAUUGUUUAUUCGACAUGUUCUAUUUUGCCUGAAGAAAACGAAUGGGUUGUCAACUAUGCACUGAAAAGAAGAAAUGUCAAAUUGGUACCAACUGGUUUGGACUUUGGAACUGAAGGCUUCGUGAAGUAUAGGCAUCAUAGAUUCCAUCCAUCUUUGAAAUUGACUAGAAGGUUCUACCCACACACACAUAACAUGGAUGGCUUCUUUGUAGCGAAAUUAAAGAAAUUCUCAAAUGUAAUUCCGGAGCCAUUCAAAGAUGACGAUGAAGAAGAAAUCAAAGAAGAAGAAGAAGAAGAAGAAACGAAACAAAAUGGUGACGCGACUUCUGAAGAAGAGGGAACAACACCGAAAGGACCAGUGAAAAGACAAGCAGAAAAUAGUGAAACAGUUAAAGAACCACAAAACAAGAAGAGUAAACCUUCUGCGCCUGUGAACAAAGCAGAAACAAAAGCGAACACAGAACCUAAAUCAGCUCCAUCAGAUGUUCCAAACAAAAACAAAAAACAAAAGAAAAAAAAUAAAGCCAAACCAGAUUCACAAAAUUCACAAAAUGAAAGCAAUGAUAAAGUAAAAGAAAACAAACAACCAAAUGAAUUGAAAGUUGAUCAAAAAGAAUUAAAACAAAAGCAAGUAAAACAGCCAGCGACUGAGAACAUUCAAAAAGGAAAACCUAAUGCAGUACAAAAAGGAAAAGAUAAUAAAAAUCUAAAUAAAGGGCCAGCUAACCAAUCAAAAGAUAACAAAGCUAAUGUACAAUUGAAAGUAAAUGAAGUGAAUAAAGCAAAUGAUAGCAACACAACAAGUAGUCCUAAGAAGAACAAAAAGAAAAAUAAAAAGAAUAAACAAGUAACAGAAGCUCCUAAGCCAGAUAACACAAGCCAGCUUGUGAAAAAGAACGAAACUAAGAUAACAGAGGAAGUGGUACUGGCAGCAUCCAAGAAGCUUAAAAAAAAUAAGAAGAAGAAGCAAAUUGGACAAUUAAACAAUAAAAAUGUUAGUGCAGAUAAAUCAAAAGAUGCUUCGAAAUUUAAAAAUAAAAAGAAAACAAAA